CUCAGGGAAGCGCUUUGAACAAAUAAAGCUGAAACCAUGUCGGACCGCAAGGCAGUGAUCAAAAAUGCAGACAUGAGCGAGGAAAUGCAGCAGGAUGCCGUGGACGUGUCCACCGCGGCCUUGGAGAAGUUCAACAUCGAGAAGGACAUUGCCGCCUACAUCAAGAAGGAGUUCGACAAGAAGUACAAUCCCACCUGGCACGUCAUCGUUGGCCGCAACUUCGGCUCGUAUGUGACCCACGAGACGCGUCACUUCAUUUACUUCUAUUUGGGCCAGGUGGCCGUGCUGCUCUUCAAGAGCGGUUAAAU